GAGGCUCCGUCAAAGCUGUGCUCGCCCCGCCCUCCUCCUCCAGCUAUUUGCCAGCCAGCCCCGUCUACAUAGGCAGCCAGCCGCUCACCGUCCUGUUGCUGCGCGGAGUCCCGUCUUCUCCCUCCGAGCUCCAGCGUCGUUUUAUCCCCUCUGCGAGGAUCUCCAAGGGACCGGCUAGCGAGUACGGUCGCGUCUUUUUUUGGGGGAAGUUCAGAUUUGUCUUUGCGACUUUUGUUCUCGAAUUGCCCUUCAAGACAUACAGAGAAAAUGGCCAGACCUCAUCCUAUAAACCAAACUUUCCUGCCGCCGACUCACGGCGUACUGAAAUCCCUGCUGGAAAACCCGCUAAAGCUGCCUUUCCAUCACAAUGAAGGAUUUGGGAAAGCCAAGGAGGAAGCAAAGAAGCUGGACGAUGAGAGCAGCACAGCCAACCACCCACAGUCGGCCUUCCUUGGCCCGACCCUCUGGGACAAGACACUGCCGUACGAUGGGGACAACUUUCAGCUGGAGUACAUGGACCUGGAGGAGUUCCUGUCGGAGAACGGCAUCCCAGCCAACACAGACCAGGGAGACCAGGCAGCGCAGCAGGCACAGCAGGCCUCGCCGCCCGCCCCACCCACCACGCCUACACCCACUGUGGUGGACCUCAGCAGCCGCGCCACCACCUCCAUUCACACAGGCAUGGCGCCUCAGACAUGUCUCCGCAGCCCCAGCACAGCAGCACUGCCCUCAGCCCGAGACACCCCCAGCCCCAUCGACCCAGAGUCCAUCCAGGUGCCCCUGGCCUACGAGCCCGACCCGCAAGACCUGGCUCUGUCCAGCGUGCCCGGCCAGGAAAUGUUCGACCCCAGGAAACGCAAAUUCUCCGCCGAGGAGCUGAAGCCACAGCCCAUGAUCAAGAAAGCCCGCAAGAUCUUCAUCCCCGAAGACCUGAAGGACGACAGGUACUGGGCCCGCCGCAGAAAGAACAACGUGGCAGCCAAGAGGUCCCGGGACGCCCGGCGGCUGAAGGAGAACCAGAUCGCCAUCCGGGCCAGUUUUCUGGAGAAGGAGAACGCCGCUCUCCGCAUGGAGGUAGCAGAGAUGAGGAAGGAGCUGGGCCGCUGCAAGAACAUUGUGGCUAAAUACGAGGCCCGGCACGGUUCCCUGUGAGCCCCCAAACCCCCCCCCCCACCCACCCCCCACACCCACUUCACUCCCCCAACCUGCCUUCCAUCGAGUUUGAAGGACAAUAUGUCUCCUUUGGUGGAACUGCCCCUCUCCCCUCCUCUUCCUCCUCCCACAAACCCGUCUCCCCCUCCUCCCCCCUCAACCAACACACCUGUAUGAUUCUGCUAUUAUAACUGUCCUUUUGACUUGGAUCAUAAGCUUCGGUUUGUCUGUUCCUUCUAUUUUCUGUAGACUAAAUAUUUCCAGUACAUAGAUGCAUAUAUGUAUUUACAAACUCUGUGAGGAGUUGUGAGCCAACCCACCAGCUGAGUCCCCUGCUUCUUUCCAUUUUUGAGAAACGAUGCCAUGCUGUUUGUUGUUCACUUUCAUACCAAUUUUAUACGCGAGAUCAGGACUGAAAACCGUUGUUUUCUGGUUCCGUUCUUCUACUACUACUUCUUCUCCUUCUUCUCCUUCUUCUGUGUUAUGAUGUGACGUGUCCGAGAGCCUGCUUAUACCCCACAAAUCUUUUUUUCUGUUUUUUUUUUUUUUUUUUUUUUUUUUUCACCAUCAGCAACAUUAUCUUUUUUUAAACUCUCUUCCUUUGAUGUUCGUGUUGUAUUUCAGUUGUCUAACCUCCCAGCGCUCCAACACAACUCCGUUCCAGCUUCUCCAACAGCACUCUGGGUAUUUUAAUGUUCAGGUAUAGCACUUU